CCGUAGGUGAUGACGGCCGUACACAGUGUGUACCAGGCGCUGCUGAGCCUGAAGAACAUUCCCACCCUGGAGGCAGCUUAUAAAAUGGUGUUGGGUGAGAUGGUCUGUGCCCUGUCCAGCCUCGUGUCCAGCCUGGAGUCCGCCGACGCUGCCCAGUCUCCAGACGGGCCGUGCCCCGGCAUCCAGCACCCUGCUUUUGCUUCCAUUCUUCUGCCUGUGGAAAAGGCCCAGUUCACCCUCAUCUUCAACCUCAGCACCCUCACCACCAUCGGCAACACCAAGAACUCUCUGAUCGGG